UUUAAUGCCUUUGUGUUUUAUUCAGGAUCAACCAACAAAAUCGCGCUGAAGGACGAACGACUGAACAGCAGUUCCUGGCGCUGGAAAACAUUGUGAACGAUAGCGAUACCCUCCCACUGAGUUUCUUCCGAUACUGCAGAAGAAUAAGAUCAGCGCGUUGAAAAUGCCGAAACGCAACAACGUCGCGUUUAUCAAGCCGGAAGAACCGAGCUUUUUGAAGAAAAUGAAAGAACAAAUUGGCUAUAAAGAAGGUCCUUCGGUAGACGAUAAGCGUGAAGCGAUAGAAAACUACUCCGAUGACUCAGACGCCGAAGAAAAGGAAGACGAAAGACCACAAAUAGUGGUAAUCAAGGAAGGUGAUCUUACAGAAGCAGAGGCCGCAAAAGCCUUCAAAGAGGAAAGUGAGAAGCCGGCGGAUUUAAGCCAAAAAAUUGUGUUCAAAUCGAAAAAGGCAAAGCAGGAUAAGCCAGACGACAAACCAAAGGCAGACCAAAAGAGGCCUAGAAAAGCCAAGGAGAAACAGCACAGCAAACUUUCCUUCGAUGUGGAAGAUGAAGAAGAUUAAAGAUUAUGUUGGCGUAUCAGGGUCAUUUAAUUACCAAGCUCGAAGGGCUGACUCCCGUACAAAGUGUACAUAAUAUUCCGUCGACGAUUUAUUUUAUACCCAAAAUAAAGUUUAAAAGAGUGAACGCAAAUAAAAUGCCAGG